UGUGUUAAAUCAGUGAAAAAAAAUUAUUUGGUUUAGUACAUGUAUAGGUUAGUUUGCUUUAGCAAAAUUUACAAUCAAAAUUAUUAUGUGUUUUUAAAGACGGAUUUUGUGGAAUUUCCUCGAAUUUUUGGUUCCUAGAACGAACCAAGGAUCAUGUGCUCAAAACGCGGCAUCUUGUCAGUGAUACAAAGGGGGUUCCGUACGUCACCAUGCAUAAGAGCGACGUAUCCGACGGAAUUCGAAAUGUUCAUGAAGUGCAGAAAGGACGCCUACCUGGAGACAUGCAUCAUAGACGAUUCUAUGAUAAAUCCUUGUUGGGAAUCACCGAAAGUCGUCAUUAUCGGAGCCGGGGUUGCUGGACUCUCGGCCGCCUCCAGGCUUGCCAGCUCCGGUUUUCCAAAAAUAACCGUAUGCGAAGCUGCUGAUAGACCUGGAGGAAGAAUACACAGCUGUUGGUUUGGGCCGACUGUCACAGAAAUAGGGGCGACUUACCUUCACGGGACGACGAUAGCGAAUUCCGUUUUUCCCAUGGCAGCGAGCGAAGGGCUGGUGAAAGAACCGUACAUGAAGGAAACAGACGAUGGGCUGAUGAUGACGAGCCAGUCGGAAAUAAUAAGCACGUUUGUUUCCUCGGCUUCAGACGCCUGUUUCAAAACUAUACUCAAGCAGGCGGCCGACCUUUUUGUGAUGUGCGGCCCUGGUGUUCAAUGCGGUUCGCUACACGAUUUCAUCUCCCGCAGGAUAGACCAGGAAAUCAAACUCUUUCCGUUUCAGUACAGGGCGCAAGCGGCCAAAGUCAUGGUGAGCAAGAUGGUCGAUUUAGAGUCGAAAAUCGGCGCCGAGCUUUAUAAAGUAGCCGCUUGCCAGUUCGGUACCCUGGUCGACAUCCCCGGUGGGAAUAUAAGUGUGCCUUCGGGCAUGGUCGGAAUUCUGGCGCCGAUGCUGAAAGACAUGCCGUCCUGCAGCAGCAUCAAGUAUUGCAAACCGGUCAAAAAGAUCAACUGGAAAACCAGCGACCCCGAUUGUCCCAGAUGUAGAGUCUAUUGCGUCGACGGCGACGUCCUCGAAGCCGACUACGUCAUCGUGACGGUCUCUCUUGGAGUCUUGAAAUCAAAUUCGAUCAAGUUCGACCCGCCUUUGCCCGAGGGAAAGCAGAAGGCGAUAAACGAGAUGGGCUUCGGCCAUGUAAACCACGCCUAUCUCGAGUACGAAAAGCCGUUUUGGGUCUGGUCCGAAGGAUCGGUAAGGCUAGGAUGGAACUUCGAGGAAAGUGAGCACAGAGAGGGCUGGGUAAAAGGAAUUUCGGCGAUCAAAGAGCUCCCGACGAGUCAGCAGAUUCUCCAAGUGACCGUCGGCGGCGACGCCGCACUCAUCCUCGAGUCCCUCUCGGACGUGCAGAUAGCCCAGGACAUCACGUCCGUGCACAGAAAAUUCCUGAACAACCCGGAGCUGCCUUAUCCGGUCAACGUCCAAAGGUCCAAGUGGUCGUCCUCGCCUUUCUUCGCAGGAGCUAAAAGCUAUUUCGGACUGAACACUACUCUCCAGACUCAGUGCGAAAUCGGGAAGCCCGUUCCGGACGGCUGCUGCAACGAACUUCCUGUAUUGUGCUUCGCCGGCGAAGCCACAGCCAUCGGCGCCCACGGGACCGUCCACGGCGCGAGAAACAGUGGCCUCAGAGAAGCAGAUCGCAUAAUCUCCAUGACGAAGAAAUUGAAAGGACGACCCAAAUUGACUCAGGAAAAUUCCGAAGAUAAAGCCGUCGCGAACAUAUAAAAUCACUUUUCCUUCUGAUGUAAAUCACAUGUCUUCAAGUUUUAUAUUUAAAAACGUACUGUUUCUUAUAAAAUCAUGUGUUAUUA